CCACACCACCUACAAACCCACUUUCUUGAGUUUCUACUCACACUCUCCAAAACCCUAAUUCCCCCACCCCAAAAUGCCGAUCGGAAAACCCACCACCACCAUCCUCCGCAUCGCCACCAUCCUCCUCCUCUUCCUCAACCUCACCACCGUAACCCCCAAAUCAACAAUCGAACCCUGCUCAACCACCGACUCCUGCACAUCCCUUUUAGGCUACACCCUUUACACCGAUCUCAAAGUCUCCGAACUCGCAUCCCUCUUCCAAAUCGACCCAAUCAACCUCUUAUCCGCCAACUCAAUCGACAUUUCCCAACCCGACGUCGUUUCCCACAUCUUACCUUCCCAACUCUUCCUCAAAAUCCCCAUAACCUGUUCUUGCGUCGAUGGUAUUCGCAAAUCUGUAACCACCCAUUACAAAACAAGACCUUCUGACACUCUAUCCAACAUUGCUGACGCUGUGUAUGGUGGGUUGGUGUCGGCGGACCAGAUUAAGGAGGCGAAUGAGAUUAGUGAUCCGACGGUGUUGGAUGUUGGGGUGAAUUUGGUGGUGCCGUUGCCGUGUGUGUGUUUUAAUGGGACGGAUAAUGGUGUUCCGGCGGUUUAUUUGUCGUAUGUUGUGAAACCGGUGGAUACUUUGGCGGGUAUUGCCGCGAGGUAUAGGACUACUGUUACGGAUCUUAUGGGGGUUAAUGCGUUGGGGAAUGCUGAUGUUGAAGAUGGGGAUAUUCUUGCUGUUCCCUUGUCAGCUUGUGCCUCAAACUUCCCAAGAUACGCAUCCGACUACGCAUUGUCUGUACCAAACGGAGGCUAUGCCGUCACAGCGGAUCAUUGCGUACAAUGUAGUUGCACACCGGGGAGCAGGUUAUAUUGCCAACCGGCUUCGUUAUCGGUUUCUUGUUCUAGCAUGCAAUGCAAAAGUACCAAUCUCAUGCUCGGAAACGCUACGGUUCAACAGAGCAGCGCUGGCUGCAACGUCACGUCUUGCGGUUACGGUGGUUUUAUCAAUGGCACGAUAAUCACAACGUUGUCGAGUUCUCUUCAACCACGGUGCCCAGGGCCACAACAGGUUCCGCCACUUAUCGCACCGCCAACGAUGGUUACCCCAGACAUGGGACUAGCUCCAGCCCCUUCACCAUUCCAGAUCGGUGGUGCACCGAUCGGUGGUCUUCCCGGCUCGGUGGUGCCAUCAUCGACCGGCUCGAGCAUAGCGUUCCCUCCGUCUGCAAAUGGUCCCAGUGGAAGUAUCUCUGCCGCAUGCACCUUGGUGAACCCGAUAUCUGGUUUCUCACUUGCCGUGGUUCUGGUUGUGUUUCUCGGCUUGGUAGUCCCAUUCUUGUAAUAUCCGCUUUCGGUUUGGUAUAAACGUGUUUGUUGUAUAUUUAACCUUGAUUUCUGGCCGGAAAAGACGUGUUACACGGGUUUUGGCUGUUUUUCCAGUAUGAGAUUUCAGGUUAGGUGGUUUGUUCUUGGAACUAUUGAGAUUUGAAUGAAUGAAUGUUGACCCAUUUGAAUCUUUAUGAUGGAUUAAUAGAUUUUGAAUGA